AUGGCUCCCAAGAGCUCAAUCGAAAAGAGCGACGUUGACGUCAUGGACAAGCACUCUCACCUUGAGAAUGCGCCCGAGGCCAUCGACAUUGCCGGCUUUCGCGUCUUUGGCCUGGACCCAGAGGAUGCUGAGUUCUACACAAAUUACCCCGAGGAGAAGCGAAAGAAGGUCUUCCGAAAGGUUGACGUUCGCCUUGUCCCCAUGCUUGCAGCGCUGUACUUGAUUUGCCACAUCGACCGUGCCAAUAUUGGUAACGCGAAGAUUGAGGGCAUGGUUGAGGACUUGGGCAUGUCGGGAGUGCAGUACAACACUGUUCUCUCCAUUUUCUUCAUCCCUUACGUCCUCCUCGAAGUCCCCAGCAACAUUCUCCUCAAGAAGUUCAAGCGCCCUUCCAUGUACCUCGGUAUCCUCACUCUUAGCUGGGGUAUCAUUAUGACCUGCACUGGCUUGGUCCAGAACUUUGGCGGACUCAUGACUACACGCAUCUUGCUUGGCAUUUUCGAGGCCGGUUUCUUCCCCGGUGCCAUCUAUCUCUGCUCGUACUGGUAUAUGCCCAAGGACCUUUCGGCUCGAAUCUCAUACUUCUACUGCGCAAGUGCCCUCUCUGGUGCUUUCUCGGGUCUGCUCGCUGCCGGUAUCGCUGAGAUGGACGGAGUUGGUGGAUACGAGGGCUGGAGAUGGAUCUUUAUCCUUGAAGGUCUUGCCACCGUUAUUCUCGGCGUUGCCUGCUUUUUCUUGCUCAUCGACACGCCUGCCCUGUCCACGCGCUGGCUGGAGCCUGAUGAGAUUCGAUACCUUGAGCUUUCCAUGUUCAUCAAGCAGGGAGGUGGCUUCCACGAGGAGAACAAGGUUAGGUGGAAGGAUCUCAAGAUGGUCCUCACCAACUGGAGAAUUUACGUGCAGGCAUACUUCCUGCUCUGCCAGUCUGCCCUUUCUUACGGCAUCAAGUUCACUCUCCCAACUAUCACCAAGGCCAUGGGCUUCAGCAACACCACUGCUCAGCUUACUUCCGCUCCCCCGUACGUUGCUGCCGCUAUCUCAGCCAUCACCUUCGCCAAGUUCUCCGACCGUUUCUUCUGGCGAAUGCCGUUCGUGGUUAUCCCCAUGGCUAUCGUCACGACCGCCUACUCCAUCAUCCUUUCCCUCAACGGAGCCCUCGAAGCAAAGAAGGCCGUGGCGUACUUUUCCGUCGUCCUCGCUGUCAUCGGUAUCUACCCGAUCCAAGCAGCGGCGGCUUCUUGGAACGCGAACAACAUUGCCCCUGCUUCCCGACGAGCUAUUGGUAUCGCCCUUAUGAACUGCGUCGGCAAUGUUGGUGGCAUUGUGGGCAGCUUCAUGUACCUCGAGAAGGAGAAGCCCAAGUACCACACUGGUUUUGGCCUCAGUUUGGCAUUCGGUGCUAGUGGAUUGAUCGUCGCCUUUCUCCUCGAGUGGAGCUACAAGGUUGCAAACGCCAACAAGGCAAAGAUUGCCGACGAGGCCAAGGAGAAGUACACUGAGGAGGAGCUGUUUGAGAUGGGUGACCGAUCGCCACUGUUCAAGCAUGUUCUGUGA